UUCAUUGUCCUCAAGCAAACUUCUCCACUGGCAAGCAUUCAAAACGACAACUCAAAUCCCAGUAUGUCACUAGUCCCCGCUCCACAACCCGACGGACCGAUCUUCGCCGAGGUCGACAUGGGUGGCGACGCCUCCGCCCCAACCGUCCGAGCAACCGUGGUCCAAGCCUCAACCGUUUUCUAUGACACCCCUGCUACUUUAGACAAAGCCGAGAGGUUGUUGGCUGAAGCCGCCGGCUAUGGGUCUCAGCUAGUGGUGUUCCCUGAAGCUUUUAUCGGCGGAUAUCCUCGAGGCUCUAAUUUCGGCGUUACCAUCGGGAACCGCACCGCUAAAGGGAAGGAAGACUUCCGGAAAUACCAUGAUUCUGCCGUUGAUAUUCCUGGUCCUGAAAUUGAGCGUUUGGCGGUCAUGGCUGGAAAGUAUAAGGUUUACUUGGUGAUGGGUGUGAUAGAGAGAGAUGGAUAUACUCUAUAUUGUACGGUCGUGUUUUUCGAUUCCCUAGGCCGGUUCUUGGGGAAGCACCGGAAGAUUAUGCCAACUGCAAUGGAGCGUAUAAUUUGGGGGUUUGGCGAUGGAUCCACAAUUCCAGUUUUCGAUACUCUGAUUGGGAAAAUUGGCGCAGCCAUUUGUUGGGAAAAUAGAAUGCCACUUCUAAGAACAGCAAUGUAUGCAAAAGGUAUUGAAAUAUAUUGUGCACCUACUGCUGAUUCCAGGGAUGUGUGGCAAGCAUCAAUGACCCAUAUCGCUCUUGAAGGCGGCUGUUUUGUUUUGUCAGCCAACCAAUUCUGUCGGAGGAAAGACUACCCACCUCCUCCAGAGUAUCUGUUUUCCUGGACAGAAGAGGAACUCACUCCAGAUUCCAUCGUCUGUGGCGGUGGAAGUGUCAUUAUAUCACCAUCUGGAGCUAUUCUGGCUGGACCCAAUUACGACGGGGAGGCACUUAUAUCGGCAGAUCUAGAUAUGGGAGAAAUAGCACGGGCAAAAUUCGAUUUCGAUGUGGUAGGUCAUUAUUCAAGACCAGAAGUGCUUAGUUUGAUUGUUAGGGACCAUCCAGCGAAGCCAGUUACUUUUACCUCAGCAACUGAAAAAACUGAAAACACUCAUAAAUCAUUGUGACCAUAAGGUAUAUUCAUUGGUCCCUUACAAUCAGAUGAAUACAAGUUGUAUAGCCAUCCGAUGACUGUAUUAAUUUCUCGGUAUCUAUUGCAUCACUUUCUACAGAUGAUCCCCUACUCUGUGAUCAUGUUCAUGCCUUGUAUUGGUAUAAAGAUUUCUUGAACUGAAAGUUUUAUGCUGGGAUUCAUUAGCUAUUA